AAGGAAGAAAGAUAGAAAAUGAUGUCCCUUUCUCUUUCUCUUUCUCUGUCUUCUCCUACACACCAUUUUGCUUCAUACAAUAAGCAGCAGAUAUGCGCUUUGAGAUCUCCUCAAUCUCAUCAGACUAAGAUUUCUCAGCAAAAGUUGCAGCCAAGUUCCAGUUUUUCUUGCUAUAACCCUCUCAGAGUUUCAAUUGAUUUAAGUGGAGAGAUGAAGAGGAAGAGAAGUGGAGGAGUGGUUUGUUAUGCUUCUGCAGCUCUUGCUCCUAGAAAUCUACAGUGGGUCUGUGCUAUUUCCUCUUUGUAAGUCUCCUUUACUUCAUUAUGCUUAUUGCUGCUAAGUUUGCUUCAUCAUUUGCUGGUAAAAUGGGGGUAUUAAUCUUUUUCCUUUCCAUUUUUACCAUGUUUUGACCGAGUGAAAUUGGAGUAGAUAGCAGGAGGUAGGUGUAGCUUGAAUAUAUUUUAGCACAGGCGAAUUAUAAGUUGACUUGAGAAAACGAAGCCAUUUGCUUUUUGUUAAAUUAAGUAAGUAAACUUUAUUAGAAUUCCAGCACCAAGGAGAUGCUUUUUGACAAAAUAAGUAUAAAAAAGAGCCCCUGAGCCCCUAUCUGAAGUUGUAGGGAGCAUAUGAAGUCCAUCAAAGCGUCUGCAUUAUUCAAACAGGAAGAUUCAAAAUGUGAUUAGCUUCAGAAACUCCACUAGAGCACCUCCAGUUCCUCUCUCCCUACAUAAGGGCCAAAACUAUGCAUUAUGGGAUCGUGUACCCAUAGGCAGAUCCAGGAUUUUAAGGUUGUGGGUUCCCAGAAAAAUAAAUUACAACCAAGGAAACAUGUAAUUUUAUUAGUUGAUUUCUUUUUAGUUGAUUUUGUAAUUUUUUUUUUCUGAAAAAGAAAAAAGAAGAAAGGAAACAUGGGUUACUAAGCUACAGUCUCUUACUGCGUUUUGCUGGGGAAAAAAAUAAGCAGAUUUGAAUUUUAAAAAUGAGUCCAAUAGGAAUCGAUCCCGCAUACAUCUGGACAAAAUCUGCUUCAAGUGUCCCCUGUUUGCCAUUGACCGAUCGGGUCAUUUAGUUGUGGGUUCCAAACUAAAAAUACUUAUACAUUACUAUAUUUU